AGGUGGUUGUGAUUUACCCUAUUUAUAAAUAUACCCAUAUAUUUUUAAUAUUUGCAUGUUUCCUGUAUCUCUAUUUUUGGGAUAUGUCAUUUCCCUAUUUUUCUAAAUCACCGUUUCCGUGUCCGUACUACGUAGGCUGAUAGUGAUCAUUAGAAAUGGUUGGAGUUGUUAUAGAAGUCCAAUUCAUCACUUGUAUUUCUUUAUUGGUACACGGACUAGUUCCCCUCUUGUUGCUUCUACACAACAACAAACAUAAAUUAGGAAAUAUAAGCACAAGUUGGUCCUCACUUGCUAUUUAAACCGGCUUCCGAAUAAGGCAAACUAUAAACCGAAGAGUAAGAUAGCAUUACCAAUUAAGAGCAAGAAAAGAAAAAAAAAAAAGAAAGAAAAAAAAAGAACAAAAAAAAAAGAACAAAAAGAAAAAGAACACAAAAAAAACGAAAAAAAAAAGAAUUCCGAGAUAUGGCCGAGGUAGCCGUCUCGUUCACGGUCGAAAAGCUAGGUAGCAUGUUGGUUCAUAAGGUGGCUUUCCUGCAAGGUGUCGCGAAACAGGUGAAUUGGCUGAAGGAAGAGCUCCAAAGAAUGCAAUGCUUUCUGAAAGACGCGGAGGAAAAGCAAGCCAAGAACGAGCUGAUACGCAAUUGGGUAUCCGAUAUCAGAGACGUGGCCCAAGAUGCCGAAGACGUCAUCGAGACUUUCAUUCUCAAAGUCGACGCCCCGAAAAGGAGAUCAAGAGGCCUUCUCGAGACGUGCGCGUGCUUCCCCGGCCAUGUCUACCACUUGGAUAUGGUCGGAGAAGAGAUCGAGUCCAUCCAGUCUAGGAUCAAAAACAUCAGCAAAGCCUGUGAAAGGUACGUAUGUUAUAGACUUCCGCACAUUGCUAGUAAUAUUCUUAGAGAAAAAAAUCUUGGAUUUUUGCCAGCAAAUCUUUUGGCCUGCUUCAGCAGCAAAAGUGUCCAGAAGAAUUUUUCAGAAAGUCUAAAUUUUGACUCUCCGAUUUUCACCCCUAGGUACGGUAUUCAAAACCUUGGCGAGGGGACAACGACGACGAUGGCGUCGUCUGAAGGCUUUCAAUGGCGACGACAAUUGUCUCAUUGGCAAAAAGACAAACACGUGGUGGGAUUGGAGGCGGAUGUCGAAUCGGUGCUUGACAAAAUUGUUUUAACGAAAAGGAAAGGCCUUAUCAUUGGCAGCAUUGUGGGCAUGGGUGGUAUCGGAAAAUCAACGCUUGCUAGGAUAGUUUACAACAACGACACAGUCGUGAAUCGGUUCGAGCGUCGUGCUUGGGUUUGCAUUUCAAGUGAAUUUAGCCCAAAAGAGAUCAUGAAGGAGGUCGUGUUGCAGCUGCUGGAGCCCGAUGAAGAUAAGUUGAAUGUUCUUGAGAUAAUGGAGAGGUCGACGUUGGAGUCCGUCAAAUCGAUGGUUCACGAUCGCCUGCAAGGCAAACCAUAUUUCAUAGUUCUCGACGAUGUAUGGGAAGCAGCUCAUUGGCAAUCUCUUACAAGUGCUUUUCCUAAUGAAGAAGGUACAUUUAUUUUAUACAUUGAUAAUUUUGUACAAUAUAUUCAAUGUGAUAAAACAAGCAUAUUACUCCUCACAACUCGCAACCAAGGCGUCACGAAAGAUGAUCAUAUAUAUGCUCAUAAGAUCGAAACCCUCAACCGCGCAAAGAGUUGGGAGCUGUUCCUAAAGAAGGCAUUCACUGGCAACGUCGUAGAAUGCCCCGAAGAAUUGAAGGCUACCUCGAGAGACAUCUUGGAAAAGUGUAACGGUCUACCUUUAGCAAUCACCGUUAUCGGAGGCCUAUUAAAGAAACACGGGCAAUCCAAGGAUGAAUGGAACAAAGUUCUCAAAGGGAUGAACUCUCACUUGACAGGUGAAAACAGUGUGUCUUAUAUAAUGGAACUGAGUUACCAUGAUUUGCCUCCGCAUCUCAAGUCGUGCUUCCUGUGCAUGGGCUUCUUCAAGGAAGACGCGACUAUUCGCGCGGAGAAAUUGAUCCAAGUGUGGAUUGCACAAGGCUUGAUCCCGCCAAAAGGAGACAAAGACGAAACCAUGGAGGAGAGAGCAAGGGAUUAUCUAGGCGAGUUGAUCAAUCGGAACAUGAUUCAAGUCAAGGGUAUGACCAAAGAUGAUCGCGUGAAAAACUGCCUCAUCCACGAUUUUCUUCAUGAUCUAGCCAUCACAAAAGCCAAGGAGGAAAUAAGUCUCGAGAUCCUAAGAGAUGAGGGAGGGGGUUCUCAAUCCUCACAGAAAUCUCGCCAUCGUGUUAUCUACUGUGGCACUGAAAGGCCUGUUUUCUCUUCUCAGAAAAACAACCAUAUCCGCUCUCUUUUCUUCCACGGCGCAGGCAAUAAUAUUUUUGGCGGUUCAACUGUUUGGAAGAAUUUUCAACUCCUCAGGGUACUCGACUUUGAAAACGUUGGCUUGAAAAGUUUGCCUGACGCAAUUGGCGAAAUAGUGGGAUUAAGGUACCUGGGGUUAAGAAACAACGACAUAAAGGAGCUUCCAAUCUCGUUUAGUCACCUUAAAAACCUCCAGGUUCUUGAUAUAUCACUCAACUUCUCCAUGGAAGUGCCAAACAUCAUAUGGAAAAUGAUUAAUCUGCGCCACCUUUAUAUGUCAAGAAUCACUUGCCAGGCGUCUCCAAAAGUCGACUACCUCCAGCAUCUCCAGACAUUGACCUACAUCCCGACGCCUCGUUGGACGCCCGAGCACACAGCACGAAUGACCAGCCUCCGUAAAUUGGGCUUAGAGCUAGAUGAAAAUUCGAAUAUAAUCAAUCUGUGCGACUCACUAGCUAUGCUGGCGAAUCUUCUCUGUUUAAACAUCCGAUGGUAUGGCAACCACAGCAUAUCGUUCGAGGACGGGCUAGGCAAGCUGCCCCGUCUCACUCAACUCAAACUGCAAGGCAUAAUGACCGAAUUGCCCACCGUCGGUAAUUUCCCUCCAAAUCUUUCUCACUUGAGUUUGAACAACACGGCUCUUGAUAAGGAUCCGAUGCCCGUACUGGAGAAGCUGCCCAACUUGGUGUACCUCAAAUUGGAUGGCGCGUUCACCGGCGAAGAAAUGACGAUCACGAGUGAUGGGCUACCGAGACUCAAUGUCCUCUCACUCAGAGAGCUUAAGCUGAGGAAUAUACACGUCGAAGAAGAUGGCAUGUCGGAUCUUCGAAGAUUGGAAAUCCAUAGAUGCCCUCAUCUCGAUAAUCUUCCCGGAGAGCUCGAAUUUAUGGCGCAGCUCGGGGAGUUGAAAAUGGUGACGACCGAAGAAAUUGUAUCGAAUUUACGAGAGAAUCAUUCGCACCUUCUCUCCCGUAUACCAUCUCUGCAUCUAGUUACUGUUACAUUAAAUAGAUUGAGUUGAUACAAUAGUAGCAUUGGCAAAAUAAAUUGAACAUGUAACACUUAAAAGUCUGUAAUUCUUUAUUUUAUAC